AUGGAGCUUGAUGAGUCUCAAUCCCUUGCUGGGGAAGGGAAGAAAAAAGGAAAAAAUAUAGUGUGGUCUAAAGAGAUGAAUCGAUGUCUCAUUCUGGAACUGGUACAUCAAGCUAAUGAAGGUUAUAAAGUAGAUAAGGGCCUUAAAGAUCAAGCUUAUACUGCAGCUUUGUCAGCUAUAAAUACUAGUUUUAACCUUUCACUGAGUCGAGAUAAUUGUGUUAAUCGAUUAAAAACCAUCAAGAAAAAGUUUAGAUUUAUUGAGGAUAUGUUGAGCAAAAGUGGAUUUGCUUGGAAUCCUAUGGCAAAAGUAGUCGAGUGUAGUGAUCAAGUCUGGGCUACAUAUGUUGUUGCAAAUCCAGAUGCAAAAGGAUUGCGUGGUAAAAAGAUUAAUAUGAUUGAUAAAUUAUCUAUUGUGUGUGGCAAUGAUCAAAUAACCGAUGGGCAUGUUCAGUACACACCGAUAUUUGAUCUUAAUGAUAAUACAAUAGUCGAUGACUUGGGUGGUAUAGAAGGUAAUGGAUCUGCACAACAACAAGAGAGUGGCAGUAGUCAAAUACAUGCUCAAGGCAAUCACAACCAUGGAUCUUCAAAGCCUAUGAGACAUAAUUCAAAGAAAUCGAAAAAUACAGAGAUAGUUGUCGAAACAAUGAAUGCUGUUGCAAAUAACAUGGCAAGACUAACUGAUGCAUAUGAGAAGAAUAAGCCUUGCGUAAAUUAUUCAGACCUUUACAAAGUUGUCAUGCAUGUUGAAGGGUUAGAUAUUGAUAGUUGA